AUGCCGACCACUUGCGGUUUCCCGAAUUGCAAAUUCCGCUCGAGAUAUCGAGGCCAAGAGGACAAUCGACAUUUCUAUCGAAUCCCGAAGCGGCCGCUUGUUUUGCGGCAACGCUGGCUGCACGCAAUCGGGAGAACCGAGGAAACUGUUGUCAGCCAGCUUCGAAUCUGUUCGGCACAUUUCGAGGGUGGAGAGAAACGGGAAGGUGACAUUCCAGUCCCAGAUCCAACGACUGAUAAGCAGCUCUCGAUCCCUUUGCCACCAAAAGAGCCAAAGACGAGUCAGGAGAGACGACGUGUUCGAGUCAGUCCACCGAUUCCACGAACACUCGUCCCACGAAAGAGGAUACUGCCCGACCUUUUUGGACACAUACAAGCCGCUCGAUCGGGUUUCAACCACCAAGAUGCCUCAGUUGUUGUCGUUUCUCACCAAGCUUUUGUCGUUGUUGUUGUUUCCCAAUAUUUUGUCGUUGGCCUCAUCCACCAAGCCAUUCUACUUCCGGGUCUCUGGAGC